CUAAUCCAGAUAGUAUAGGCCUAAUAGAGAACUUACCUGCGGCAACUUACCUCACCGCCUUUACCUGCACGGUAGGAAUGCGACCCCGUCAGACCGCUCACCUCUUCAUACAGGUAGAAUGACUUCUGAAUUUUGACAGGCCACCUGUUACGGGAGAGAGGACGUUCUCUCUCAGGGAGGUCGGUUGGAACAGAAAUCAUUUAUCAAUCUACCUCACCUGAAAUACGGACAGCUAUAACAGCACCAAGAUGGGUGAAUGCUGUAUGUCGGCUGAAGACUCGGAGAGACAUAAGAUACACCAGGAGAUUGAGAGACAGCUUCGCCGGGACAAGAAGGAAUCUUACCGAGAGUUAAAGUUGUUGCUUUUAGGGACUGGUGAGAGUGGAAAGAGCACCUUCAUCAAACAGAUGAGGAUCAUCCAUGGGACAGGCUACUCGGAUGCAGACAAACAACUCUUCACCAGGCUGGUGUACCAGAACAUCGUCAAUGCUGUUCAGAACAUGAUCCAAGCCAUGAAGACCCUACGGAUUGAUUUUAAAGAUCACCAGAACAUUAGCCAUGCAGACAGACUGAGCAGGGUGAAGGCAGAUCUAGUGACCAUACUGGAGCCAUGGCAGGUGGAUGCCAUCAGGAGACUGUGGAGCGACCAGGGAAUACAGAAGUGUUACGAGCGCAGGCGAGAGUACCAGCUCUCUGACUCUACCAAAUAUUACCUGAGUGAUCUGGACAGAAUCGCUGCCCCCUCAUACCUCCCCACACUGCAGGACAUCCUGAGGGUCAGGGUCCCCACCACAGGCAUCAUAGAGUACCCCUUUGACCUCAAGACUGUCAUCUUCAGGCUGGUGGAUGUGGGAGGUCAAAGGUCAGAGAGGAGGAAGUGGAUCCACUGUUUUGAGAGGGUCACCUCCAUCAUCUUCCUGGUGGCUCUCAGUGAAUACGACCAGGUCCUCUAUGAGAGUGCCAACGUGAAUCGACUAGAGGAGAGCAAAGCCCUGUUUACAACCAUCAUCACCUACCCCUGGUUCCAGGAGUCCUCCAUCAUCCUCUUCCUAAACAAAACUGAUCUUCUAGAGGAAAAGAUCUUACACUCCAACCUGGUAGACUACUUCCCAGCGUUCACAGGUCCCCGGAAAGAUGCAGAGUCUGCUAAGAAGUUCAUCCUGAAUAUGUACAAAGAGCAGCACAUAGGGCGUCACAAAGCCAUGUACAACCACUUCACCUGUGCAACGGACACCGAGAACAUCAGAGUUGUCUUCAAAGCUGUAAAAGACACCGUCUUCCAAGAAAACCUGGAUAAAUUUAACCUGGGUUAGGGGUUUAGGACUAGCGUGGUAUCUCUGUAUAUGGUGCAAUAGUGUUAUUUCAGUUCCGGGUUACAGUUUUGGUACAGACAUUUAAGUAACUGGUCUUGAAUUAUAAGCUUUCUUACUAUAGCAGAGCCAGGGAUCACAGUCAUAGCACAAACAGAACGACAUAAUAUAAUAAUUUAAAAAAGUAAGAAUUAUAACAACUUCUGAAAUCUUCCAUGUUACAAGAUAGGGGUAUCAGUAGACUAUCAUAUCCAUAUGACAUAACUACUGAUAAGACAAAUACCCUGAGGAAUGUUGUGGACCCUGAAUCUCUGCCUGGAGUUCCUGCCAUUAAGAGGAACUAAAGGGAAAAUAUGCCUACAGGGGAGUACAAGUUCCUUAGUUUACAUUUGUGUUGUAAUGUCAUGUGUGGUUUUCACAUAUAUGUUUCAUGAUUUACACUUUCCUUAUUUUUAGGUCUUUUUAAAACUUUAAAUAAAUUAUUAACUCUAGUCAUUCAAAGGAUUCUGGAACGGUCACUAGUUUGUUGUAGUUUGUUAAUGUG